UUAAUUGAUGUAGGCCUGCUUGUAUGUACUUGAGUUUAGAUAUUAGUUCAUUUAGUUGCGGUAUAUUGCUAGCUUGCUAAAAUAUAAACCGCCCGUAGUUUCGUUCUUCUUUAAUUACUAUCUGUUGUUUAUUAUUAUACGUUUUUUUCUUUCAUUUUUCGCCGUCUCGGUCACCACUGUCGCGUUUUACGACGAGAACCAGAUCUGUGUGGAUAAUAAUCGACGCCCAUAUAUCGAUAUAUUACUAGCUACCUACGUACUUGUACCUAUAUCUCACCGAGGCGCAGAAGACGGCGUUGAAGGAGAGGUACACGGCGUAGAAAAAAAUGAACGUAGAAUGUGGCAGCGAAUCGAUCAUGGAAGGUGAACGAAUAACACCGGUGGCCAGUGGUUUACCACUACAUCGACUAUUUGAGACAAAUUUGCGAAAAAACAUCGACCUAUACGAUAGAAUAGCCGUGCAGUUUGAAGAUUUGGAAAAGGAAGCGGAAAUAACGACCAACGCCAGCAGACGAAUCACGUACGGGGAAUUGGAAACGAAAAGCAAUCGACUAGCUAGGCAAAUUCUGCAACAUUUACACGAUUGGAAUAGAAAUGAAGCGAAUGCUGACGGCGAUAGGGUCGUAUUGCUUUGCAUGGAUACUUCGGAGAAGCUUAUUGUUGCCAUGAUGGCGGUAUGGAAAAUAGGAGCUGCGUAUUUACCGUUGGAUGUUGAUACACCUAAAAAUAGAUUCGAGCAUAUUAUCAAUGAGGUGCAUCCGAUGGCUAUGAUAACUGAUUGUCACAGAGAUCAACAUUCAAAUUUUCCUUAUAAGCUCGAUUACAAUGCUUUGGAGAAGAAAAGCUACGACGAAAUAGCAACCAACCGCGGUAGUCUGCCCCAAAAUUGUGACAGCGUAACAUCAACCGCCAUCAUUUUGUACACAUCAGGCAGUACCGGAGUUCCUAAAGGUGUUCGUUUGGCGCACAAUGCAAUCAUGAAUCGUCUCAAUUGGCAGUGGAGGAAAUUCCCAUUCGCUCGAGACGAGCGUAUUUGCGUAUUCAAAACAGCCAUCACUUUCGUAGAUGCAGUUUGCGAAAUAUGGGCACCUAUUUUAUAUUCAGAUCCGAGGACGCUUCUCGUUCUAGCCAAAAAUGUUAGCAAGGAUGCCGAGAAAUUGGUACACAUAUUACACGCCCAUAAAGUACACAGGCUGGUGCUAGUGCCAUCGCUUUUGCAAGCUAUUCUCGUGUAUUUGGAUAUGAUGACAUCGGCAAAAAAACGUCAACUAUAUCAAAAAUGCGACUUGCUAAAAAGCUUGAAAUUAUGGGUAUGCAGCGGCGAACCUUUACCAGUUCAUUUAGUCGAGAAAUUCUUCUCGUAUUUCAACGACGAUAACAAUUCGUACAAACUAUGCAAUUUCUACGGAAGCACCGAGAUCAUGGGAGACGUUUCGUAUUACGUACUGAAUUCCACCAAACAACUCGUAUUCGCUGAUAAAAUACCCAUAGGAUUGCCGUUGGAUAAUACCACGUUGUAUUUAUUGGAUGAAAAUUUUAAAGCGGUUGAAAAAGGAAAAAUAGGCGAACUUUAUGUGGCUGGAUUUAACCUAGCGACUGGUUAUGUUGCUCGCAGAGAUCCUGAUAGGUUCAUCAAGAAUCCUUUUUGUAACGAAUUUGGUUUUGGUAAACUCUACAAAACUGGAGAUUAUGCCAGAAUCGUCGACAAUGUAAUGUUAUACGAAGGUCGAACUGAUUCCCAAGUGAAAAUUCGUGGUCAAAGGGUCGACUUAUCAGAAAUCCAGGCAGCUUUGAGUAAUUUAAAAGCUGUGCACAAAUGUGCGGUGCUUUGUUAUAAACCUGGCGAUAUAAAUCAAGCAAUCAUAGCAUUUGUUACUCUAAAUGUUGGUCACAAUUUCACAGCUGAUGACAUAAAGUCUCAAUUAAAGGAAACAUUAACGCAUUACGCGAUGCCACGGGUAUUCAUUAUGGAUAAUCUACCCUUAUUGAACAAUGGCAAAGUUGACAGGCAAAAACUACUGAAAUUAUACGCUGAUAAUACAGAAAACCAAACCAAACGAUGUGAAAUCAAAGUAGACUUCAAAGGUGUUGAAAACAGCAAACUGAAAGCAGCUAAAUGUCUCUUUGAAACGAUUGCUUCAACCGUUGAACUGAGUUCACAAAAUACCCCAACGUUGACGAUAAAAUCGAAUUUCUACGAAAUCGGAGGCAAUUCCCUGAAUUCAAUUUACACCAUAAGUAAAUUGAGAGAAAAAGGUUAUUUUAUAGGCAUAGCAGAAUUCAUCUCUGCUCCGGAUUUGGGUGCUGUAAUAAGUCGUAUGCAGCCUGAGAAACGUGACAAAGAGAAUAUUCCAACAAUAGGCGAUUUAAAUGUGAAAAAUGUUCGUAAAAGUAAUUACAGAUGUGAAAUGCUUUGCGAUAAGCACAAAGAAAUCGUAUACAGAAUUAUUACAGAAAGUUUCUACCAAAAAGCUGAUUUAGAACAGUGGCUUAUUCCUAAAUUGAAAUCGGAUUGCUAUACAGAAUUAUUGGACGCUAUUUGGGAACCAUUGAUCAGUAAAAAUUUAAGUUUCGUUUUGUAUUCCGAGCUUCACAAAAAAUAUAUCGGAACUACGUUGAAUUUUGACGCUCACGACGAACCUGAAGUGAAUAUUUCCAACGAUUUGAAUAUUAUUUUCGAAUUUUUAGAAUUCUUAGAAGGUCCCAUCAGAGACAAAAAAUUACCAAAAGGCAAAAGACAAAUACUGCAUAAUUUCAUGAUAGGUACCGAUACAUCUUUAAAUGCAGUUGAAAAUAUUGAAACGGUUGCAUUUAUGGAAACUGAAGUUCUCAGAAUAGGCAAAUCUAAAGGAUUUGCUGGUAUUUUAACCACCAAUACGAAUCCUCUUACUCAACAACUCGGUCGAGACGUAUUCAAUUACCAAACAUUGUUGGAUUAUCAAGUAAAUCAGUACGUUGCUUCGGACGGCACAAAACCAUUUGGAAAAGCACCGGACGACCAAAGAGCUGUCGUAGCGUGGAAACCAUUUUAAAUUCCAAAACACUAUUUCGCAAUUUACCAGCAUCAUUCAUUAUUAUUUAUAUAAUUCGUAUUUGAUAAGCAAUUUCAUUUGACGUAUUCAUAACAUUGUCUUCAUCAACCAAUCAUCAGCUGAAUCAGCUCAUCAUUUUUAGUAACGAGUUAGUCAUAGUUGUUAGUUGGUUACCAAUUCCAAUUGUAAGAAGACUGUUAAGACGAUUAAGAUGUUUAAAUUAAUAAAGAAAUUAUCUCCUCUA